AUGGCGGCGCCCGAGCCGGAGCCUUGCGAGCGAAACUGCGGCCGCCCAUCCUUCGGCCGCUUCCGCACCUGCUGCACUCACUGUACGGGACAAGACAGCUCCCAUUCCAGGGACUGCGACGCCAGGCAUUCAGGACGAGACCCGGACGCGCGAAGCGCCCUACCCACUUGGGUGCGGCCGGAGUCCGUCCCCGAGGGGCGAUGCAAGGAGGGCUGCGGUCGCAAGGCGAAGCCUCAUCUGGAGUUCUGUUGCAAAAGUUGCCCAUUCCUUAUUGCGAAGUAUGGGAAACCCGGUCAUGAUGCCACUUGCGACAUUGAGGACAACGAGGGCCAGCAUCCACCGUGGUAUUGGUGUGCUGAGCAGAGCACGGAUCCGUUCCACAACGAGGUGGAAGGCCACUAUGUGCAGGAGCUGGGAACCAAACUGAUCCGGAAGUCAUUGCCGACCAGACGAGUGCUCAAGUGUCUCCGUGUGGAGGACUCCAUCCUCUGGGAGGCAUACGCACGGCGCCGGGCGGAGGUGCGCAGGCUUCGGCCGCCGUUGAUGGACUUGAAGCCAGCGACGUACGAGGAGCUGCCCUACUCCGCGCUGAGCACGUUGGAUAAGACGGUCAAUGAGGUGUGGCUUUUUCAUGGAACAAGCGAAGAAGCUGCCAGAGCUAUUUGCACCAGCCAUUUCCGGCUGCCUGAGCGCGCUGCUCACGGUUCGAACUUCGGGAAGGGAGUGUACUUUGCAGACCGAGCCAUCAAGAGCCACGAGUAUACGCUCAAGACCAAGAGCGGCUGCCGAGUCAUCAUGCUGUGCCGUGUUGUUCUCGGCAAUAUCCUUCAGUUGCGCGGGAUUGAUGCGAAAGCCCAUGAGACUGUGGCCGGCACCGAAUACACGUCUGUCCUGGGUUGUGCAGAUGGCACCAACAGGGAGUUCAUUGUCUUUGACGUGGCUCAGGUGUAUCCCGAGUACGUAAUGUUCUACUGCGCCGAAGGGGGAGCUAUAUUGACAGCCUCCAGUGCCAUGCUGCGCGUGUGGAGCAGCGUUUCCCGCAAAGGGCUGGCGCCCACAGGGACUUUCUUUGACGUGGUGGGCGUGAAGAAGUCCCUGUGGUAUGCCGCUGAAGCCACUGAGUGGCAGCUGCGGAGGCACCACCUGGCGAGCGAAGCAACCGGGAGAAAAGGGCGGAGGCUAAUGUGGGGUGUUGUGCCAUGCUGCUUUGACAAGUGGCAGGUUCUUGGCGUGGAUGCAGACUCCGCUGCGAAAACCUUAGAUUUCAGUCAGCGGAAGCGGGCUUACCAUUGCCUGGCCCUGCUGCAUCACCCAGACAAAGGUGGCGAUGACGUCGUGUUUAAAGCCAUCGCGACAGCCUACAAGGCAUUGACGGAGGCCUUGGCUGUCAUGCCAAGACUGAAGAAGGCGGCUGGAGGGACCUGGAAGGACAAGCUGUUGGCCCGUGGCAAGGACAUGCUCCCACGGCCACGAAGGGGAUCACCUGCAUGCUGUUUGACACAUUUGGGACCCCACCAUGGGAGAGCCGGAGGCUCUACACAGGGUCGUGGCAAGAAGGUGUGGUGCGCUGCUGGGAGCUGUCCAAAGGGGAGCCUGGCAAGACCAAGCCACCUCCACGACUUGUGGGUGAAAUCGCCCGGGCACCCAGCCGUGGGCGGCUUCAUCAACGAUGUGGCAGCCAUCUCGCCGUUCGGUCUGCUGACGGAUGACAAGGUGCUGUACACUAGCGAAUCUGCAAAGAUGUUAGCUGCAGAUGAUCCCGAUGCAAAGUCAAAGGCGAUGCCGAGCGUGGUGGCGAUGGGUCCACGGCGCUUGUCGCACGGUCGGCUCUCCAUCUCGAUGUUUCACAAGUUCGCCAUUGCCUCCCAACACCUGAACUGUAGGAAAGAGGAGGAGGAGCUGGAUUUUGUCAAAGACGAGGAUGGCGGCUACUUGGAGAAGUGGCAAGCUCUGCAUAGCUUUUUACGCAUCGCCAAGGCCCCAGCGAAGACGCGAGGCACCCCCGUACACUCGGAGCAUGGAGGUGUCCGAUGCAUCAGCCUGUGGCCCAAGCCCGAGAAUCGCGAGGCCACCCCUCACGUGGCGGCGACGGUGUCGAAGGACGUGUUGGCAGUUUCGAAGAUUGGCAUGGACGGCGUGAGCCUCCAAGUGCCCGCGGUGUGGCAGCAAAACGAUCCCCAUGACGGCGUUGGAGACGUGAAUGCCAUGCAGCACGAAACAACGAACAAGAUCUGGACUGGCGAUAAUGGCGGCAACCUUCGCUGCUGGGACGUGAAUGCUAGCGGCAAGGGCAUCGUCUCCGACUUCAACAGUCUGCCGCUGCCGUUUAGGGUUUACUAA